UCGAUGACCGUAGCCAGGACUCACCGUUGUCUCCGGGAGACGGCGCGUGAGCAGCACUCGGACUACCCCUUCUUCAGACCACAUCUCCCAUCUCAGUUAAUCACAUCCGCUGACGUCUUGCCGUAGAACGAACCCUAAGUCGCACCGAGAGAUCUACUAGAUCUAUUCAUCUUCCCCCUUGUUCUAUUUGCAAGCAACAUGCCAAGCUUUCCGCAGGCCGGAGCGGUGACCAUCUGCGAGAUUAAUCGCGAUCUCAUUACUGCUGAAAACUUGUUCGAUGAUCGGGCGAAAGAAACUUAUGGCAAAGUUCUGGGAAUGGUGUUCAGUCCUAUUGCUUUCCAACCAGAUCUUAUGAUGCCUGAUACAGAGCAAGUUGCAGAACAAGAACUGAACAUUCCUGUUCCGACGAGGGGUUUUGCUGGUUUGAAAGUGAGCAUCUCUGAGUCCAUUAAGCGCAUUUUCUGCCCAAAUGAGUUGAAUGCACUAGAAGAAGUUGAUACUCAAAGAGUAAGUUGGCAUCCACAUAAGCAUUGUUUAGCAUUUGUAUAUGGGCCAAGUCAAGUAACAAUAAGGGAUUAUGAGGAUUCAGAUAGUAAAGAUCCAUGCAUAUUGACUAGUGAUUUCCAAAGAGGCAUCAAGACACUUGAAUGGAGGCCAAACAGUGGCAAGAUGCUCUCAGUUGCAUGCAAGGGUGGAAUAUGCAUUUGGUCUGCUUCUUUCCCAGGCAAUGCACCGUCUGUUAGAUCUGGAGUUACCUCUUCUGUGAGUAGUGUUUCUAGAGGCUCUGGAGUUCGAUGGAUCCUGGUAGAUUUUCUUCAAAGCCCCAAUGAUGAACAAAUAAAUGUACUUUCUUGGAGUCCCAAUGGAAGAUAUUUGGCAUCUUCUUCGGGUGAUAGUUCAGCAUUUACGGUAUGGGAUGUUUCUCAAGGAUUAGGAACUCCUAUUCGACGAGGUUUAGGCACGAUAUCAAUGCUGAAGUGGUCACCAAGUGGUGACUAUUUUCUAACUGCUAAGUUCGAUGGUACAUUCUACCUAUGGGAGACAAAUACUUGGACAUCAGAACCUUGGUCUUCAACUAGCGGAUAUGUCACAGGAGCUACAUGGGAUCCAGAAGGACGGAUGAUACUAAUUUCAUUCUCUGAAUCAGUAACUUUAGGUUCAAUUCACUUUGCAUCAAGGCCUCCUUCAUUGGAUGCACACCUUGUACCAGUGGAAUUGCCAGAAAUUGUCUCUUUGACUGGAAGGUAAUGAAAGUUCACCACCUUAUUGUAUGUCAUUCUUUUAUAUCUCGCAAGCUUCUAAAUCUAUCCAGACUUAUAUGAAUCAUAGUUACUCAUUUAAUGUA